UGUCUCUAAAUUAUUUUCUCGUCAAUGAACGCGAAACAUUUGUAAACAUAGCUCAAAACGUGGAUGCAAGGUCCAGCCAUGCAGGACGGUGACAUUGCAGAUACAAGUAAAGCCUCAGACCUCAGUGAAGCAAGUAUGGGGACAAUUGACCCCUCACCUCUCACUGAAGACUCACAAGAAUACUUUAAGAGUUAUGAAGAUGUAGAGAUUCAUAGACUAAUGGUCAGCGACAAACCUCGAACAACAGCCUAUUAUGAUGCAAUUACCAAAAACAAACAUUUAUUCAAAGACAAAAUUGCCAUGGAUGUUGGAGCAGGGACAGGGAUUUUAUCUUUGUUUAUGGCAUCUGCUGGAGCCAAAAAAGUGUAUGCUGUAGAAGCCAGUGGCAUGGCAGAAGUUAUUCAAAAAGUUGCAGAAGAUAAUGGAUUUGGUGAUGUUAUUCAAGUGUUCCAUUCAAGAGUGGAAGACAUAUCACUUCCAGAAGAUGAAAAAGUUGACAUAAUUGUGUCUGAAUGGAUGGGCUUUUACUUAUUACAUGAAUCCAUGCUUAAUUCAGUUAUAAAGGCCAAUAUGUUCCUUUCAGAUGAAGGCACAGUAUUUCCUUCAGAAGCAAGAAUAUUUGCAUGUCCAUGUUCAUUACAAUCUCUUUAUAAAGAACAAAUAAAUUACUGGGAUAAUGUCUAUGGAUUCAACAUGUCUGCUGUCAAACAGUUUGCUCUCAGAUCCAAAAUGAUAAAACCUGAAGUCUGCCUUAUUCCUGAAUCAGACCUGUUAGCUGAACCAACAUGUAUUAAGAAGUUCAACCUGAGAUGGGUAACUGAAGAAGAGGUAAAGCUGUUUUCUGAAACUACUUUUGUUGGCAUCACAAAGUCUGGAUCUUACCAGGGUCUCUGUCUGUGGUUUGAGUGUGACUUUGAUGGAUUGUAUAGUGAGGAAGGGGAAAACUUGGGAACACUAAUCACACUUUCAACUUCACCCAUAAGCACCCCAACACACUGGAAGCAAACUGUGGUUGUUCUGGGAUAUGGCUCAGCAAAAACAGGCCAAGAGAUCGAGUUAAGCUGUCAGGAUGGUACUCUUGAAACCAGUGAUGUACAGGACACUGUAGUCUCAACCACACAACUAGAGUUUGAGAAUUUGGUAGAGAAAGAUGAAGUGGUGGGUUGGAAGAUAUUGUUUGCCCAAAGUGAUGACAAUGUGCGGCACUACACAAUGACAGUGGAGAUGCUUGACCCAGAAAUAGAAGAACACCGUCCCUGUUUGUGCCCCAUGCCAAGAUGUGUUAUAAUUGCAAAGAUGAUUGAAAAUGAUGAAAUGGGUGAAGAAGACAAUGAUGUUAUAGACUGCACGUAGCCCAGGUUGACCAGUUGAGCCACUGUGUGAUAGUGAUUAUACAUGUUUGUGCAACAUAUAUCAAAAGUCAUCAUUAAACAUAUUAAUGUUA